UCUAAAAAUUCAGGCGCGAGCAACUUGCCACAAGUUGGGGCAACAACAUUUGUGCUGCCGCAUCUGCUUUGAGCUCUUCAGUCAAUGUUUUGCCGUCAAGCGCGUCGUUUGUUUGUUUUCAAGAAAAACCGUUGAAAUUUUCAAAAACUUCGUUUCUACACUUUGUGCUUUUUACAACUAAUCAGCUAACCCGCCGCAGAAAUGACAUAAAACAAAAGCAUUCUAUGUGCAACCAGCUUGCCACCCACAUGCUCCACAACGCUGACCGCUCAAUUGUGUACAAAUCCACUUAAUUAAUUAAGAAACACCCACAAGACACGAAAGAUGGGGCGCUGUUUCAAUCACAAAUUUGUGCUUAACUUUUGCAAUUUUUUAUUUUUGCUCUGCGGCACGCUGCUGAUAGUGGCUGGCUGUUAUCUUUAUACGGACAACAAACGCAUUCUGCUCUCGCGCCUUCUGGCCGCGCCCAGCGAACAGCUAAACUCACUGCCCCAGCCGCUGCUCUACUACAUUGCCUUGGGACUGGCCAUAGCUGGCUUCGUGGCUGUGUUGGCCUCUGUGCUGGGCUUCUGGGCCAGCUGCCUGCACACCUAUUGCUUCCUUAGCGUCUACUUUUUGAGUGUAGUGGUGCUGCUGUUGGCUGAGUCAAUCAUCUGCUUGGCCAUCACGCUGUGGCCUCACUGCUUGGGCAUUAGCCUGGACGAGACGCAGAUGGUGAAGGCGUUGCAGCGUAAUUAUGGCGUGCCCGGCCAGGAGCAGUUCACCAAUGCCAUGGAUCUAGCUCAGACCCGUUUCGGUUGUUGCGGCAUGCGCAGCUCGCUCGACUACGACACCGCGCUGUGGCGUCUCCAGAGCUAUGGCCAGCGCAAUUGGCCUGUGCCUCUGAGCUGCUGUGUGCUGGCCAAUGCACCACAACCAUUGGCCUUCCUCGAUCCCAAGCCGGCGAACGAGACUCAGUGUCAGGCACUGGAGCGCUCUGUGUACGAGCGGGAGCGCUACACGGAGUCCUGCUUGGUGCACCUGGAUAGCUGGUAUCGCGAGCAGUAUGGCAUAUUUCUAGCUGCCAGCUUGGUCUUGGCUUUGGUUGAGUUCAGUGUUCUGCUGGGCAUCAUACUCACCUGCACAGGCAUUGCCUCGCAAAGAGCCAGGUUAGAUAGCUCUCUAGCCACGCAAUCCUUCAGCCAGAAGGGCCGAAGACGGCCUACGGCCAAAUCACGUCAAGCUUUAGUCGACAACAUCUACGAGUCGGAGGUGCAACUGCGUGGCCAAGCUGCUGGCACGUGCCUGGGCCAGUCAUCAAGUCGACAUGUGAGCAGCGAGGACUUCAAGGAGUUGUACGUCCAGCCCAGAGAUCUGUACAAGCAGCGCCAUAACACGACCUUUAAGCCCAUUGCCAGCGACUAUCAGACGCCAACGAGAAGCUACUUGGUUUAGCAACAGCUAAACGGCAAAUGGCACGAGGCACAUAAACUACAAACCA